AUGGAGCUAGUUUGUAAGGUGGUCUUACUUUUUCUUCUCUUUUCUCCUUGCUGUGGGACAGAGUGGGAAUUUGCUCAGACUGUUACUGCAGUUGCUAGUCCUCUAACCAGUGAGUUUGUGAGUCCUUUGAAUUUUCAAAAGAAAUUAAUAGAAAAACAGUGUCUUGGUAAUGAAAUGGUUGAUGCUGAUGUACACUCUUACCUGUGUGAUCAGCCUUAUGUGACUUUCCUGCCACAGUACUUCUCCUACCUGCAUGCAAACGGCGUGACACAUUAUAAAAUCUUUAUGCCAUGGAUACACAUCCUUCCAGAGGGGAAUUUCAGGACUCCAAAUGAGACUAAAGUGCAAUGCUAUAGACAACUUCUGAUGGCUUUUACUGCUGCAAGCAUUAAGCCAGUUCUUAUUCUGCAUCACAAGAAUUUACCUGGUGUCAUCAUCACCCAGUCCAUGGUGAAGACUAGCACCUUUGUGGACCUCUUCGUGGAAUAUGCUGAGUUUAAUUUCCGUUCUUUUGGCGACUUGGUUGACAUGUGGCUGACCUUCAGUCACCUACCUGAGGUCCUUCAGAGCUUGCCUUAUGACGACCCCUCAUCCUCUCUCCAGGCUCUAGUUGCUGCUCAUGAAAGAACUUAUACUCUCUACCAUGAAAAAUACUCAACAGGUGGAAAACUGUCAAUUGCGUUAGAAAUUAAUCAUCAUUUUGAGACGAUACCGUUGGAAUCUCUCUCCGCCUCUCUUAGGGACUCUGUAGACUUUCUCUCUCUCAGCCUGCACUAUGAUUGUAGAAAUGAAGAAAAUUUACAAAAGAAUUUGAAAAGCUUCCAGAAUAUCUGGAAGAACAUGGCUGUCCUACUCUUCAGUUUAACGUUUCAUGAAUGUAAUUCCAAGACAGAGAAUAUGCCUAUACCAGUUGCUGCUCUAUUCAAAGACAUUAUCAAAGAGGAGGCCUUGACAAUGGGAUACGAUGUUAAUAAAUUCUUAGACUCCUCAUCAGCUCGUGCAUUUAGGUACACAGCUUUUGUUCCUCAGGGGAACUCUUGCCAAGCUGCUGCUCCCCUCUCUUCCUAUCAGAAAGUUUGGGAAACCUUUGCCAACCAGACAGCAUUGGAAAGAGAUUCUUUUCUGAGCGAUGUUUUCCCAAGUGGUUUCCUCUGGGGCGUGUCCACAGGUGCCUUUAACAUUGAAGGAGGCUGGGCAGAGGAUGGAAAAGGAGAGAGCAUCUGGGACCAGUUUGGGCACCAAGGUCAUGCCUACAUGAAUCAAACGGCAGAUGUGGCCUGUGACAGUUAUCACAAAACUAACUAUGAUGUUUACCUGCUCAGAGGUCUUCAGUCAAAGCUGUACAAGUUUUCUAUAUCCUGGUCCCGAAUUUUUCCUUCUGGCAUUAAAGCAAGCUUGAACCCUCGAGGCGUGGACUACUACAACAAGCUAAUAAACAGCUUGCAGGACUCCAACAUUGAGCCCAUGAUCACCUUGUUCCACUGGGACCUCCCACAGGCCCUGCAGGAUCUCGGUGGAUGGCAAAAUGAUAGCAUUGUAGAUGCUUUUGCAGCUUAUGCCGAUUUCUGCUUCGCUACCUUUGGGGAUCGGGUUAAGUUGUGGAUUACCUUCCAUGAGCCCUGGGUCAUUAGCUACGCAGGCUAUGGCACUGGAAAGCACCCCCCAGGAAUCGUUAAUCCAGGAGUUGCAUCCUAUAAGGUGGCUCAUACAAUUCUCAAGGCUCAUGCCAAGGCCUGGCGCUUAUAUGAUGACAAGUAUCGCUCUCAACAGCAUGGCAAGGUGGGACUUGUCCUAAACUCGGAUUGGGCUGAACCCAGGUCCCCCGCCAGUUUGGAUGAUGUGAAGGCAGCUGAACGCUACAUGCACUUCAUGCUGGGCUGGUUUGCUCACCCUAUAUUUGUAAAUGGUGAUUACCCAGAUAUCCUGAAGUCCCAGAUCCAGCAGACAAAUCAACAUUGCUCUAGCCCAGUUGCCCACCUCCCUUCAUUUACCGAGGAAGAGAAGUUGUUGGUGAAAGGGACUGCAGACUUCUUUGGCCUUUCCCAUUACACUUCCCAACUGGUCAGCGCUGGGGCUAAUGACACUUGCAGUCCAGCCUAUGAGAACUUUGGGAACUUUUCCCAACACGUUGAUCCUGCUUGGCCACAGACAGUGUCCUCCUGGAUCCGAGUGGUCCCUUGGGGAUUGAGGAGGCUGCUGAACUUUGUUUCUCAGGAGUACACAGGGACAAAGGUCCCAAUUUACAUAGCAGGGAGUGGCAUGCCCACAGGAGCAGGAGGGGAUGCUGUUAAUGACACGGAGAGAAUGGAUUACUUCCGUCUGUACAUCAAUGAGGCUCUGAAAGCUGUAAAGCUUGAUGCAGUGGACGUUCAGUCAUACAUUGUCCGAUCCCUGAUUGAUGGCUUUGAAGGCCCAGUGGGUUACAGUCAAAGGUUUGGGCUUCAUCAUGUGGAAUUUGGAGAUAGCAACAGACAAAGGACUCCAAAGAAGUCAGCUUACUACUUCUCUAAUAUUAUUGAAAAGAAUGGUUUCCCCAGCAAAGUCUUGCACAGAUCCUUUAAGCCAGUGACAUUUGACACGGCCCUACCGAUGAGGUUACUUGGUUUACCAGCAUCUGAAGUUCCCUCAAAGGCAAAAGUUGUUUGGGAAAAAUUCUCACCCCAAACAAAGUUUGAAAGGGAUAUGUACUUUUAUGGAAACUUCCCAGGUGAUUUUGUGUGGGGAGUGUCAACUUCGGCCUACCAGAUUGAAGGAGGCUGGGAUGCAGAUGGCAAAGGGCCCAGCAUUUGGGAUAAUUUCACCCACAUCCCAGGGAACAUAAAAAAUAGUGAUACUGGAGAUAUUGCAUGCGAUAGCUACCACAAGGUAGAUGAAGAUCUUUAUAUGCUCAGAGCAUUAGGGGUAAAGAGCUAUCGCUUCUCACUAUCUUGGCCUCGAAUAUUUCCUACCGGAAGAAACGAUUCCAUAAAUAGUCAUGGGGUUGACUAUUACAACCGGCUAAUUGAUGGUUUGACUGCAAAUAAUAUCACACCAAUGGUCACACUAUACCACUGGGAUCUGCCUCAAGCUCUCCAGGACAUUGGUGGCUGGGAGAAUGAGUCAUUGAUAGAUUUAUUUAAUAGCUUUGCAGACUUCUGUUUCCAGACUUUUGGGGAUAGGGUGAAAUUUUGGAUGACUCUAAACGAGCCCUACGUCUCUGCCUGGAUAGCAUAUGGUGUAGGAGAGUUUCCACCAAAUGUAAAGAAUGAUCCUGGUUAUGCUCCCUAUAAGAUUGCUCACACAUUACUGAAAGCUCAUGCCAGAGUCUACCAUACGUAUGACCGCAAAUACAGAGCAAGUCAGAGAGGGGUUAUUUCAUUGAGCCUUAAUGCUGACUGGGUUGAGCCAAAGACCUUAGAUGACCCUAGAGACACUGAAGCUGCAGAUCGGUCCCUGCAGUUUAUGUUAGGAUGGUUUGCCCACCCAAUUUUCAAAAAUGGUGACUAUCCAGAGGCCAUGAAAUGGACUGUGGGAAACAGGAGCGAGCUACAAAACCUGCCUUUGUCCCGCUUGCCAGCUUUCACAGCACAGGAGCGAGGGUACAUCAGGGGCACAGCAGACGUCUUCUGCAUCAACACUUACACCUCCAGUAUUGUAAAGCAUAAGACCCCCAAGCUGAAACCGUUCUCUUACGAGGAUGACCAAGAGCUAUCAUCAGAAGUCGAUUCAUCCUGGCCGACCUCAGCUCUUGCUAAUAUGAGGCCUGUAGCCUGGGGUCUCCGGAGGCUGCUGAACUGGAUCAAAGAGGAGUACAACAACCCUCCAAUUUAUAUAACUGAGAAUGGGGUAGGAAUAAAGGCCACGCCUGAUGUUGAUGACACCAACAGGAUAUUUUACUAUAAAACCUAUAUCGACGAAGCUCUGAAAGCUUCCAGACUGGAUGGUGUUAAUCUUCGAGGCUACAUCGCUUGGUCUCUUAUGGACAGUUUUGAAUGGGUGAACGGGUACGAUCCACGGUUUGGAUUGCAUCAGGUGGAUUUUAAAAACCCCAGCAGGCCGAGAACCCCCAAGCGUUCUGCCCUAUACUAUGCUGAAGUCAUUCGCAACAAUGGGAUCCCGCUGCCAAAAGAGGAUGAGUUUGUAUAUGGGGAGUUUCCAAAGAACUUUUCAUGGAGCGUAGCAAGUGCAGCGUAUCAGAUUGAAGGGGCCUGGAGAGAAGAUGGGAAAGGACUCAGCAUUUGGGACCAAUUUGCUCACACUCCCCUGAAAAUUAGCAAUGAUGAAACUGCAGACAUUGCCUGCGACAGCUACCACAAAAUUGAGGAGGACUUGGCUAGUCUGAAAGGCCUCAAAGUGACUCACUAUCGCUUUUCCAUCUCCUGGUCCCGUGUUCUCCCUGAUGGAACUACUAAACUUAUAAAUGAAGUUGGAUUAAACUACUAUGAGAGGCUUAUUGAUGCUCUUCUUGCUGCUGACAUAAAGCCUCAGGUAACUAUUUACCACUGGGACCUCCCCCAGGCCCUGCAGAACAUUGGAGGGUGGGAGAACGAAACUAUAGUCCAGAGGUUUAAAGAGUAUGCUGAAGUCCUUUUCCAGAGGCUGGGAGAUAAGGUGAAAUUCUGGAUAACCCUCAAUGAACCCUACAUCAUUGCAAACCUUGGCUAUGGCUACGGCACAUCAGCUCCAGGGAUCUCUUUCAGGCCAGGUCGAGCCCCGUACAUAGUAGGGCACAACUUGUUAAAGGCCCAUGCUGAAGUCUGGCACCUGUACAACACAACCUACCGUCCUAAACAACGAGGAUUAAUCUCCAUUACCAUCAACUCUGACUGGGCAGAACCAAGGAACCCCGACAAGCAGGAGGAUAUUGAUGCUGCCAGGCGAUAUGUGCAGUUUUAUGGUGGCUGGUUCGCUCACCCCAUUUUCAAAAAUGGUGACUACAACGAAGUUAUGAAGAGGAGGAUACGGGAGCGCAGCCUGGCCCAGGGGCUCAACGAGUCUCGACUCCCAGAAUUUACUGAGAGUGAAAAACAGAGAAUUAAGGGCACAUUUGACUACUUCGGAUUCAAUCAUUACACAACCAUCCUGGCCUCUAACCUGAACUAUGCUGCUGGUAUCUCCUCCUAUGACUCUGAUAGGGGCGUGGCUUCCAUAACAGACCGCAGCUGGCUGGGCUCUGGCUCCUUCUGGUUAAAGGUGACCCCGUUUGGCUUCAGAAAGAUCCUGAGGUGGAUAAAGGAGGAAUACAACAACCCUCCGAUUUACGUGACUGAGAAUGGCAUUUCUGAACGUGGCUACACAGGCCUCAAUGACACUUGGCGAAUGCACUACUACAAGAGUUACAUUAAUGAAGCGCUAAAAGCUGUUGUACUGGAUGGCGUUGAUCUGCGAGGGUACACAGCCUGGUCUCUGAUGGACAACUUUGAAUGGGCAACAGGCUUUGCUGAAAGGUUUGGUUUGUAUUACACCAACUACACGGACCCUGCUCUGCCUCGCAUUCCAAAGGAAUCUGCCAGUUAUUACUCAUCCAUCAUACAAUGCAAUGGAUUCCCAGACCCAGCAACUGGACCACAUCCAUGUCUUCAACCCCAGCCUGAAGGUACUGUGACAUCAACUGCUACUACACCUACCAUAAUGGGGCCUGUGCCAAAUGCAGCCAUAAAAAAAGUACAAUUUUUGGGAUUAGAGUUAUCUUUGUCAAAUGCGGAAAUAGCGCUGUAUGUACUCUUUGCUCUCUCCCUGGCUGGUCUGUUAACAUUUGCUCUUUUCUCCUAUAAAUAUAGGAGACUAUCCGAAAGAGUCCACAAACCACCACACCUAGAGCUAGAUAGAUUGUAAGUUUUUGAAGUCUGAGUAGCAUGGCAGCUUGGUCAGAUUUGGGUCCUGUUUUAAAGGUUUUUUAUCUGUUGCCCCCAGCUAAGCACACCACUGAACGCUAACCAAUUAACACUCAGGUUUCAAAUAGCUAUUUACAGCUAUAUAAAACAAAGUGCAGACAAGCCCUUUGCUGUCUUCAGUCUCUGUCUCAGGGAGGGCUGAGAUGUAUUAGAUGACUGGCCUAUACAAUCAUUCCUUUAAGUUGACAAUUAACCUGAAAACUUGUGUUGCCUCCAGCUGUAUCAGAUCACUGCAUUUUACAAGAGUGGCUUUCCCCUGUUUCUUGCUCUCCCCUCCCCCACAAAUUGUUUGCAUGUUACAUCCUGCUUUUGAGAGGGAGCUUAAUUGUACUUCUAGUGUUUGGUAACAUUAAAUAAUAGGUUACCAACCAGAGGCACAGGACACCUGCUCCCAAGGCGUCAAGACUGCUGGAAGAAACUGACCAAAACACUGAUCUUGCUCUUCCUGCCAACAUCAGAUGGACUUUAUAAUUGCAUUUGAUUUAUACAAGUGUGUAGUAAGAGAAAACUGGAAACCUACAACAAAUUGCAAUGAACUCUCCCCACCACCAGCACCCAAGUCUUUCCAAGAAAGCUGCAUCAUACUGCAUUCUUCCUAUGGAGACCAAUGGGAAUGACAGUAUCUUUAAAAACUCUGUAAUGACACUGCAAGAUGAUCUGCUCUCAUGCUAAUUGUUUGUCUAAUAGUAAUAGCCAACCCCCCAGGGUACUAGGCAUUGUACAAAUUACCCUGAGAGCUUAAAACAUGGGAAGCUUGUAAUUGCACUUAUUUAGAAGCCAGUAAAAUUCUCUUGUAUC